ACUAUGAAUGUGAACAUAUAUUUAUCUAAAUUCGUUGUACUAACAUAUGUCGCAUACAGUUCUGAUUUGUUUUAUUCGACGAAGGGAGUAAAUAACAAGAGGGUAAGCAGGAAGAAGUUCCUCCGAGUGCUACUCGUACGAAGAACAGAGAGAACUCGAGAGGUUUCAUUCAGUGCCGAAGCUAGCUAUUCCACUCCGGUGCGUUUGCGAUGAAGAAGACGGUGGUUCUCUACCCCGGCCUCGCCGUCGGCCACUUCAACCCCAUGAUGGUGCUCGCCGACGUCUUCCUGGACCACGGCUACGCCGUCGCCGUCGCGCUCAUCAACCCGUCGGUCAAGGACGACGACGCCGCCUUCACCGCCGCCGUCGCCCGCGCCGUCUCCUCCAAGAGCUCGGCCACCGUCUCCUUCCACAUGCUCCCGCGCAUCCCGGACCCUCCCUCGCUCGCCUUCGACGACGACAAGUUCUUCACCAACUACUUCGACCUCGUGCGCCGCUACGACGAGCACCUCCACGACUUCCUCUGCUCCGUGCAGGGCCUCCACGCCGUGGUCGUCGACGCGUCGUGCGGUUUCGCCAUUCAAGCCGUGAGGAAGCUCGGGGUUCCGGCCUACGAGCUCUACCCCUGCGACGCCGGCGCCCUCGCCGUGAACAUCCAGAUCCCUUCGCUUCUUGCUGGGUUCAAGAAACUGGGAGGAGGAGAAGAAGGCAGCGCUCCCCUCGAGUUGUUGGGCGUGCCACCCAUGUCGGCUUCUCACGUGACGGACUUGUUCGGGCGCUCGUUGAGCGAGCUGAUCAGCAAGGAUCCCGAGGCCACCACGGUGGCCGCGGGAGCGCGCGUCAUGGCGGAGUUCGACGGAAUCCUGAUUAACACGUUCGUGUCGUUGGAGGAGCGUGCGCUGCGAGCUCUCGCCGACCCACGUUGCUGCCCCGACGGCGUGGUGCUCCCGCCGGUUUACGCCGUGGGGCCACUGGUUGACAAGGCCGCCGCCGGCGCCGGUGACGAGACCAGCCGGCGGCACGAGUCCCUCGUGUGGCUCGACGGGCAGCCCGACCGCAGCAUCGUGUUCCUCUGCUUCGGGAGCAUCGGCGGGAACCACGCGGAGCAACAGCUGCGGGAGAUCGCCGCCGGCCUGGACAAGUCCGGCCACCGCUUCCUGUGGGUGGUUCGUCGGGCACCCAGCACCGAACACCUCGACGCGCUCCUACCGGAGGGGUUCUUGGCAAGAACCAGCGGCCGCGGCCUCGUCGUCAACACCUGGGUGCCCCAGCCGAGCGUCCUCCGCCACCGCGCCACCGCCGCGUUCGUGACGCACUGCGGGUGGAACUCGGUGCUGGAGGGGAUCACCGCGGGCGUGCCGAUGCUCUGCUGGCCAAUGUACGCGGAGCAGAGGAUCAACAAGGUGCUCAUGGUGGACGACAUGGGCGUCGGCGUGGAGAUGGAGGGAUGGCUGGAAGGGUGGGUGACCGCCGAGGAGGUGGAGGCGAAGGUGAGGCUGGUCGUGGAGUCCGAGCAUGGAAGGAAGCUUAGAGAGCGUGUCGAGGCGCACAGAGAUGGCGCAGCCAUGGCCUGGAAAGAUGGCGGCUCGUCGCGUGUCGCGUUCGCCCGACUCAUGACCGAGUUGGACAAUGCACAACGAUGAAAAUGGUAGUAGUGCAUAAUUUCUCAACCGUACGUACUGAUUUUUUAUAUUGAUUGUAUUAUUCCUAUAUUUUGAAAUAUCGAUAAUCGAAAUGAAAAUGUUAGAUGGGUUUUCAUCUAUCGAUGUACUGAUUUUAUCCGAAUUUUUUAAAUAAAUAACCGUCAAUGGAGACAGCCCAUCCAAAUGUAAUAAAACUUAGAUGUAAUCCUUAUGUGUUAGUAUUAGUUUUUAAGCAAUGUCAUGGUCAUUAAGUAUCUAAAUUAUUUU